AUAAUUUCCAAAUUCAUGGUCCAUAUCGUGCUCUUGAUGUUGACCUUGACAUCAAAUAAUCAUUAUUUUAAAAAAAAAAAGUUAGAUAUAGCUAUUUUCUGGUUUAAGGCCUUUCGCUUCUCAAUUUGAGAGGGGGGGGCCCAAUUAUUGGGGCCUCAUCGCAUUGACCGCAUACUGUCGUCACAUUGCUGCGUAGGGGACAAGAACGCGCCAUGCGCAAAGACUUGAUCGAAUCAUUCCGGCGCCUUGUCUUGUAGCGCAUGCGAAGUUUAAAUUGAACCGACCAACGAAACACACGGGGUCCGUUGCUGAAGAAAGAGUCCCAUAUAGUUAAUUUGCAUUUUAUCAAGUAUUGAAACGUGUGUGUGUGACUAUUUUCAAUUAAUUUUUUUUUUCUUUUCUCUUCAAGUUCUUUUAUAUUUCAUUUUUUUUUCUUUUUUUUUUUAUUAAUAUAUCUCCUGUUCAUUCAAGGCCCCUCUUUCUAUCUCAAUUCUUGUCCUUACAACUUGUUCCAUAAAUGAGCCAGUGAGGGUGCGCGGCAAAAAAUGAACCGGAUCGGCUGGUUUGUCGUCUGCUUAGUGCUUGUAUCUGCAAUUCCAACAUCCUUGGCGAAUGAAUCGACAAUUAUUAUUCAGGAUGAUAAUAAAAAUUUGAAAAAUACAACGAAUUUAAAAUCAAAUAUUGAAAAUAUUUAUUCUUUUGUGUCACUAUUUGGACAAUUUUUUAAUGAAUUUUUUGGAUGGGGAACGGAAGUUCAAGAAAAUGGCAGUGAUAGUCAAGGUCGUACAUUUGGUCAAAAACGACUGCAAUUGAUGUUGAUGGCCCCAAUGCUGUACAAAAUGGGAGUAAUGAUGACUAUGUUGAUGGUAUUGACCGUGAUUUCCUUGAAAGGACUUGUGAUUGGUGCAAUUUUGCUGAUUUUAAAAUUGAGCAGCUUUUUAGCGAAAUUUUAUGUUGGUUGGCAUCCACAAGGUCACGGACAAUCGUGGCCUCAACAACACCAACAACCAUUUCACGUUCAUGUUCAUGGCCCCCAAGACCAUCAUGAAGCUUAUAAUGCUUGGCCACCUCACAGUGAAACAAUUGGUCCAGAGGAGCAUUAUUAUUACAAAGGAUAGAAUUUCAAUUUUUUGUGAAGGAUUCUUAUGUAAAUUUAAAAAAAAAAUUUUUCUUUUUAUUUUUACCCUUUUGAGGAAAUUUUUUAGGAACAGAAUCUAAAUUAUAAACUUAACGUAAUUUUUUUUUCAGGUGUUAUUUUCUGAAAAAAAAAUUUAUUUUAAAUUCCAUUUUUUUUUCUAUGAAAAGUGUAAACAAUUUUU